GCGAAAAGAGAAUCCGCAGUCGGAAGAAACACGAGGGAAGGAAUCGUCACUAUUUUCGAAAGCAGACUUUUCGUUUUAAAAUGCCUGGCCGCGUACGAAAUUGAAACAGAUCGAUUUGUGAGCAAACGUUUUCCAAUCGUAAUGCUCAGUUGGCCAACAAAUCGCAGCGCGAAAAAGCCAGAAAAAGAAGAGUGUUCCCGAGUGCGUUAGUGUGCGUGUGUCGGUGUCGCAGUCGGUGUGCGAAGCAAGAAGCAGAGUGUGAGCGGGGGUCGAAGAGAAAAGAGAGCGCAUAGCAGAGUUUUGAAAGACGUGUGGACAGUGCAGAAGGAUCUCCAGGAUCUGCCUUCGAUCGCCCAUGUGCAUUAGCUAACUGGGUGGCCAACCACCACCACCAGUCCACCACACCACGCCCCCCACACCCGUUCAAAAUUCCACCGCAAAUCCCCAGCCGGAGCAUCGCCAUGCCCGUUUCGAUGGCCGUGUGCGAAACGGCGAAUGUCGUCAACGCAGCACUGCGAGAAUCCCUUGGCGGCAACUCCUCCGCCGCCGGUUCAUCGAUUGACCAGGCCAAAAGCGGCGAGGACUCCAACGGCAGCCUGCAAAAUCACAUCGUGGCCAAUGCCAAGCGCAUCCUGAUGGCCAAAAUUGAAUACGAGGAGGUGCCCAACUACCACGAAUCGGUGCUGGAGAACCUCAAAUCCAAAUAUAUUGUCAUCAAGCCGGGAAAUCCAGGCGCCAUUAAUGGCUUUGGUGGCAAAAACAAUACAGGCAAAGUUGUGGGCGCAAAUGGACAUGACAAUAACGGCGCCCGCAAGCAAGCGGAGCACCCGAACAAUCAGUCGCACCACAACAACCACAACAAUCAUCCGCAUCCGACAAGCAAUCCCAAUGAGCUGCCCAAGCCAAAGAGGGUACUAUAUCCCCGGGAGAACAUACGCAUUGGCUGGAAGCAGUCGGAGCGUAAAUGGCAGGUCGGCACGGGCAUGAUCAACGUGGGCAACACCUGCUACCUCAACUCAACGCUUCAAGCGCUCCUGCACAUCCCCGCCCUAGCCAAUUGGCUCGUUUCGGAGCAGGCGCAUCUGGAGAACUGCAAUGUGGCCGAAUCUGGCGGCGGUUGCAUCGUUUGCGCCAUGGCCAAGACACUGCUGGCCACACAAAGCAAUCAGUCGGCCGUCAGGCCCUUCCUCAUCUACUCCAAGCUAAAGCAGAUCUGCAAACACAUGGUCGUUGGGCGGCAGGAGGAUGCGCACGAGUUCCUGCGCUUCCUGGUCGAGGCCAUGGAGCGGGCCUAUCUGAUGCGGUUCCGCAACUACAAAGAGCUGGAUCAGCUGGUAAAGGAGACUACGCCGCUGGGACAAAUCUUUGGCGGCUAUCUGCGCAGCGAGGUGCGCUGUCUGAGCUGCAACCAUGUGUCCAUCACGUUCCAGCACUUCCAGGAUCUGUUGCUUGACAUCCGCAAGGCAGACUCCCUGGAGGAUGCUUUCGAGGGACACUUCUCCCGCGAACGGCUAGAGGAUAUGGGCUACAAGUGCGAGGGAUGCAAGAAGAAGGUAUCUGCCACAAAGCAAUUCUCUUUGGAGCGUGCCCCAAUCACGCUUUGCAUUCAGCUGAAGCGAUUCUCCAUGAUCGGCAACAAGUUGACCAAGCAGAUCUCCCUUAAGCCACGCAUCGAUUUAAGCAAAUACGCUGCCCGUUCACCAGCGGCUCAGGCACAACCGCUUACCUAUCGCCUGGUGUCGAUGGUCACUCACUUGGGAGUGUCCCAGCACUGCGGUCACUAUACGGCCAUUGGCUCCACGGAUACGGGCAGCUAUUACAACUUCGACGACAGCUACGUGCGGCCAAUCGCAAUGCAGAGUGUGUGCAACACAAAUGCCUAUAUUAUGUUCUACGAACUGGACCUCUCACAGGCUGCCAGUCCGGCGGCUAAUAGGCCCAAUGGAGUGCGUUUGACCAAUGGACACAGCACAACGCCAGUGCCGGCGGCAACUGUGUCUUCGCCUUCGCCAACCCGUUUCAUUGGUCCUCAACUGCCGCCAGGUGGAGUAAACGGUUACAGCAAUGGCAAUGCCCAGAAAACCGCCAUCCAGUUUAAGCAGCACCACCAGCAAAGUCAGCAAAACGGUUUCCAGCUGGGGACCGGAAAGUUUCAGGACACUGCGAAGCCUCCACUGGUUGGCGCACACGCUAAAGGCGAUGCUAAUCCAGUUCCCACUGCAAAUGGUAACAAAAGUUCCUCCACAAGCAGCAACAGCAGCAGCAACCACAAAUCAAUAAACCAGCAACAAUAUCUGCCAAUCUCCUCGGAGGAUGAAGACAGCGAAGAUGAGAUGACGCCCAGGCCAACGACAGCGCAGCUGCCGAGCAUGCCCAAGAUGACGGACGAUCACACGGAGAAGCCAAAGUCGCCAGUGAAGAUCCAAGUAAAGACUCCCGUCAAAACGCCACUGAAAAGUCUAGUGCCCUACGAAUCCGCCUCUGAAGAGGAGGAGGCGCCACAACCCAAUCCCCGCAAGCGUCGAAGUGAAGAGGACUCUAGCGAGUCGGACCAAGAGUCUGGUCAGACCAAUGGUCACAGUAAGACCAAUGGCAGCCUAACCAACGGCUCCGCCUCGUCAUCGGUUCACGUUAACAACAGCAAACAAAAGACUGAUGCCAUAGACGAGAUAUUCAAGAGCCUGAAAAAGUCCGCAGACAGUGAUGACGACGACGAUGAGGAGGAGUCCAGUAUUCAGCUAACGAAUGGCUGGCACCCACAGAAACAAUCGCAGUCUCAAAGCAAAGCACCACCAUCGCCCAAAACGCCACCCUCGCCUGCGGUCAUCAAAUCGAAGACGGGUAUCUGGAAAGUUACGCGAAACGAUGAGGUCGACGACAUAGACGACGAUGAUGAUGAGGAGGACGAAGCGCCGGCGAAAAUACAGACACCUAGCAAGACGCAUCGCAAUCCGUUCUCGAGUACCAAACCCUCCACGGAGUCGCCAGCAACGCCAGGCGCCAAGCGCCAAAAGUUGCUUAACGGCAGUGCGGUCAAGUCGCACCAGCAGCCAAGGGUGGGCAAUGGUUACCAGAGCGAGGCCACCUCGAAUGGUAGCACCAUUAACGAGCUGCUGAAGCAAUCGCAUCGUGGAUACGGCUCCUCGGUGCUCAGUUGGAAUGGCAAACCUGCGGAGCUCGAGAAGGAGCUACUGGUGGAUGCGCGAGAGCAGCGGCAGCGGGACCUCGAUGACGAUGAGGAGAAUGAGAUGGAUCGUGGACGUCAGCGGAAGGUGAAGUCGUCUGGAUCGGCCAAGGCAAACAAUGCCAGCAAUAGCACGCCCGGCUACAAUCCGUUCCAGGAGUACGAGGGUCAGAAGCGCUGGAACAAGAACGGCGGAGGAGGAGGUGGAUUUCCCCGUUUCUACAAUCAGAACUUUCGCCAGAACUUCCAGCAGCGCAACAAGUUCAAGUUCAAUCGCUUCGGAGGACCAGGCAGCGCCAAGUUCCAGCAGCAGCGAGCCCUGCAACGUCACCUGGCCGCCGGCGGUGGCUUCAGUCGGCGACAGCCAUCGGCACAGCAGCAGCAGCAGCAAUCCUAACUGGAUGCGGAUAGGCGAUGGUCAGAAGAAGAAGAAGAUGACGGAGACGCCGAUGCGACUGCGGCGUGUGCAUUUGUUAUUGGAUUUCAAUUUCGCAUGAGUUUUGUAAACGUUUUUUAACUGCUGAUGAUGAUGAACAUAUUAUAAGUAGGAGUAGGCGUAGGACUGUAAGCUAUAAGCUAGAGCAUAACUGUUGCCCCCAGAAUCAUCCCGAACCUUCAUCCAAGCACAGCCCCAUUAGAAUCUAAGCCUAUCAUUAAGUACGAUAAAAAGAAAUGCAAGAAAUUACAUUUUAUUGUUUUUGGCAGAUUAACGUUUACACUGAAGCGGUAACCUUGCAUCCAAUGGAAACAAAGGAUACCGCUUUAAUGACGCCAGUAAUCAGAAAACAAACAAGGUUACCGCUCUAAUGUUUCAUUUUAAAAAAAUGUUAACCUCGUAAAAGCAAACACUUAACAUGCUAAACAACUGCGCAUAAUGGAAAUAAAGCAACCCAAUAUUUUAAGAACCUA